UCAAGAGAGUCUAGGUGGUAGACGCGUCGUGUCGGCGUAAAACGGCCGCUAAAGCCGUGCAGAACUGGCCCUGCGGGAUGGCGGCCUCUGAGGAGGAGCCUGAGGCCUUGACGGAGCAGCUGGACGUCGCGCGCCGCCUGGAAAAUUUGCCUGUGAGCGCGUGGCCCCCAGGGACAGAGCCAGAGCCCUUUCAGUAUACUCCUGAUCAUGUAGCCGGGCCUGGAGGAGACACUGAUCCCACUCUGAUAACCUUUCCCGGAUGCGUUUGUCUCAAAACUCCCUGCCUCCCUGGAACUUGCUCCUGUCUCCGUCGUGAGAAGAACUAUGAUGAUAAUUUAUGCCUCAGACACAUAGGAUCAGAAGCAAAGUGCGCUGAGCCAGUUUUCGAAUGCAAUGUCCUGUGUCAGUGCAGCGACCACUGCAGGAACAGAGUGGUCCAGCGGGGUCUGCAGUUCCACCUCCAGGUGUUCAAGACAGAUCGCAAAGGCUGGGGACUUCGUACCUUGGACUUUAUACCAAAAGGACGGUUUGUCUGUGAAUAUGCUGGCGAGGUUUUAGGAUUCCCAGAAGUACAGAGAAGAAUUCAGUUACAAACAAUACACGAUUCGAAUUACAUUAUAGCCGUCAGGGAGCAUGUUUAUAAUGGGCAGGUAAUGGAAACGUUCAUUGAUCCUACCUCUAUAGGAAAUAUUGGAAGAUUCCUUAACCAUUCUUGUGAGCCAAACCUAUUGAUGAUUCCUGUCCGAGUCAACUCGAUGGUACCAAAGUUGGCACUUUUUGCAGCCAAAGACAUUGUGCCCGAAGAAGAGCUCUCUUAUGACUAUUCAGGAAGAUUUCUUAAUCUGCUGGAUAGUGAAGACAAAGAAAGGUUGGAUAAUGGGAAGUUAAGGAAACCUUGUUAUUGUGGUGCUGAAUCAUGUGCUGCGUUCCUGCCUUAUGACAGCUCACUGUACUGCCCCUUAGAAAAGCCAAACACGAGUGAGGAAGGACAAGUAGAGCAGAAGCGUGUCUGGCCUCGCAGUGGACGAGAAUGAGGAGGAAUCGAGUGUGUUUGGCUCAGCCCUUCCUGGGUUCCCCUCUUACAAGCAGCUCACCCUCAGGGUCAGUCUCUGCUCUGUGGUAAGGAGCUUGCCCCUCACUGUAGGGGAGCCCAGUGGUUGUAACUUAGGAAUGUGGCAGAG